GAUCAGCUCAAAGAAUCAGAAGAAAAGAACACUGAACUGGCUGAUGCGGUAGCUGCCAUGCAGGGACUACUGAAAUCGGCCUACGAAAGUUUGACGGAAGAUGAGUUGCGUCAGCUUAACCCAGCAGUUGCCGCCACGUUGAGUGCAUUGAAACGAGGACAAAGUUUGACCCAACUUUAUUCAGACUACAUUCAGUUGGUGGAAGAUCGUGAUCAGUUGCGGCUGGAUAAACAAAGGUUGACAGAAUAUGUCAACCAGUUGGUGGACGAUUUGAAGGAAAAAGCUCCCGUACUGCGAGAUCAACAGGACAGAUAUAGGAAGAUGCAAGCACAGGUGAAGGACCUGUCUAGCCAAUUGAAUGCUGUUAACACGAAAUUGGAAGAAGCUCAGGCCAAAAGACAAGAGGUUCAGCGCCGCGCGGGCUACUAUCAGCGUGAAUCUAGUCGGUUGAAACGAACCUGUGGUGAUUUGUCCAGACAGGGUUUGUAUAACAACAUGAUGUUACCCGAUGUAAAAAUGAAAUGA